CUCCACUGUGUGUAGGGACUCGGGAGCUGAGCACGGUCGGGAUCAGUCUGGGGAGGGAGACACAAGGACAGCAGAGGGCACCCUGCACGCUACAGUAGCAGCACAUGGCACCAUAAUCAACACCAGCACAUGGCAACAUUAUAACCAGCAGCUCUCUGUCUGCAUCCCUGGCACAUGGCAUGGUAACCAGCUACCGUGCAUGAGCUUCCUGCCAAGGCUCUGACUACAUCCCAGGAGUUCCCAUCCAUCAUGUCAUAUUCCUAGAGACCUGCAGUCUGUCAUCUGUGCACCCAGCCUGCAACAUGCUGGCCUUUGGAGUGGUGGAUGUGUGCGUCCAGGAUGUGGAGAAGAGGAGGAAUCCCUCCAAGCACUAUGUGUACAUCAUAAAAGUAACCUGGGCAGAUUCCACAUCACAGGUCAUCUAUAGAAGAUACAGCAAAUUCUUUGACCUUCAGAUGCAAGUUUUGGAUAAAUUUCCAAUUGAAGCCGGACAGAAGGAUCCUAAGCAGAGAAUAAUCCCAUUUCUUCCAGGUAAAAUUUUGUUCAGAAGGAGCCACAUACGGGAUGUAGCUGUGAAAAGGCUGAAGCCCAUUGAUGAGUAUUGCAGGGCCCUAGUUAAGUUACCAGUGCACAUUUCGCAAUGUGAAGAGGUCUUGAGGUUCUUUGAAGCUCGUCCCGAGGAUCUGGACCCGCCAAAGGAGGACUAUGGAUCAUCAAAGCGUAAAUCAGUUUGGAUGUCAAGUUUGUGUGAGAUUCCAAAGGCGGAGUACAAAGGUGCUGACGGCAACUCUGAGCCCAUGAUCCUGGAACAGUACGUCGUAGUGUCCAACUACGAGAAGCAGGAGAACUCUGAGAUCAGCCUGAAGGCUGGGGAGCUGGUGGACGUGAUAGAGAAAAACGAGAGCGGGUGGUGGUUUGUGAGUACAGCGGAAGAGCAAGGCUGGGUCCCUGCUACUUAUCUAGAUUCCCAAAGCGGAAGCAAAGAUGACUCUGAAAUUCACACUUCAAAAUCUGGAGAUGUAACUAAGAGGCGCAAGGCUCAUCUGCGGCGCUUGGACCGGCGCUGGACGCUGGGUGGCAUUGUCAACAGGCAACAAAGCCGAGAAGAAAAAUAUAUUACCAUACAGCCUUACACCAGUCAGGGGAAAGAUGAGAUUGGAUUCGAAAAAGGUGUUACGGUGGAGGUCAUCCAGAAGAAUUUGGAGGGGUGGUGGUUCAUAAGGUACCAGGGUAAGGAGGGCUGGGCUCCUGCCUCUUACCUGAAAAAGGCCAAAGAUGACCUACCCUGUCGGAAGAAAAAUCUUGCCGGUCCUGUGGAGAUUAUUGGGAAUAUCAUGGAAAUCAGCAAUCUCCUGAGCAAGAAAUCCAAUGACAAGGACAUCCAGGGGGGGAAUGAAGCUGACGAGCCCCACAUUAGUAAGAAAGAGAUUAGUUUGCCAGUCCUCUGUAAUGACUCCAAUGGCAAUUCCAUGAUGACCACUGAGAAACAGACCCCCAAAGCCACUCCAGGGUCACCAGCAGUGGCAAGGAUAGCCCCCCAGAGAUCUGAAAUCAGGCAACUAACCCAGCAGUCCAGGGCAGGACAUUACCAGAGAGGUUCUCCAAACCUAAGGAUGAAACCACCGCCCCGAAGAGAAUCUAGUCUGGGAUUCCAGUUACCCAAGCCCCCAGAACCUCCGUCUGUUGAAGUGGAGUAUUACACCAUUGCAGAAUUCCAGUCCUGCAUAUCUGAUGGGAUAAGUUUCCGUGGAGGUCAAAAGGCUGAUGUUAUUGACAAAAAUUCUGGUGGAUGGUGGUAUGUUCAAAUUGGGGAAAAGGAAGGAUGGGCACCGUCAUCCUACAUCGACAAAAGAAAGAAACCAAAUUUAAACCGGAGGACAAGCACUUUGACAAGACCAAAAGUCCCCCCUCCUGCACCACCCACAAAACCUAAGGAUACAGAAGAACUAUCAGCCUCUGGUCCUAGCUACUCAGGAGAUUCCAAGGACUCUCCAUUAAAGCAACAAUAUGAAGAGCCAGAAUAUGAUGUCCCUGCUUUUGGUUUUGACUUUGAAGCAGAUGUAAAUGGUUCCCUCUCUCAAAAUAAUUUUGAUGAUGAAAUUGUAGAAAGUAUGUUCCAGCCCUCCAAGACUUCUCCCGUGUCUUCUCUUCAGAGAAUACAUUUUAAGGUUGGAGAGUCCUUUGAAGAUGUCACCAAUGAAGAGGAGACCAUUUAUGAAAAUGAUGGAUUCCGCCCAUACAUGGAUGAGAUUACAUCAAACAAAGAGUCAAGUGGAGAUUCCGAUUCUCAAAAAAGUUCAUUGUUGGUGCAAAAGAAAACCAUUUCCUCAACCACUUCAAAACCACCACUUUUAAAAUAUAAAUCAGAAAAAAAUGUCCAACAAGAGACCGGAAAAAAUGUCUCCUUCUCAACAAAUGAAGAGAAAAAGCCAAGGUCUGUUUCUGAUGCUGGUUUGCGUUCCUUGCCAAGGGUCGGUGCAAAGAAAGAAUGUGAGCCAAAACAGGGGGUUAUUCCACUAACCAAAGCAAAGCCAUCAGUGAGACCAAAACCCUUCAUAAAUAAAGCAGAUUCCCAAAGUCAAGAAAAAAUGGACAUUAGCACUUUGCGAAGACAGCUAAGGCCAACAGGACAGCUACGAAGUGGCCUCAAAGGCUCAAAAAGUGAAGAGUCUGAAAGCCCACCAAAGAGUGCUUCAGAAAGUAUGGAAAGUCUUCCAAGGAGAAGCUCAGUAGAUAUGCAAUCUAGUUCUCCCAAUUCUUUAAUAUGUCCAAGUAACAAAGACAAAUCUGAAGAAAGUAAUGAGAAAAUGUUAUAUACAGCCAGAAGUACCUAUCAAAAAGUUAUGGAGUCAGAAAUUAGUUUUCCAGCUGGAGCAACAGUAGAAGUUUUGGAGAAACAAGACAGUGGGUGGUGGUUUAUAAGAUACAAAGAUUCAGAAGGGUGGGCGCCAUCACAUUUCCUAGAACAAAUGGAUAAUAAGCAACUCGAAACCUCAACACCUGAGCCAGAAUCUAGUAAGUGUAGGAAGAAUGAAAAUAAAUCAAACAGCCUGGAGAAGAUAGAAAAGCGUGUGCAAGCAUUGAAUACUAUUAACCAAAGUAAAAGAACAACACCUCCAGUACCAUCCAGGCCACCUGGGGGCUUCUCCAAACCUACGGGGCCAUCUAGCAAUAUUGUAAAGUUAAGAAAUGGAGUGAAGCAAAUAGCUGUAAGACCCCAGUCGGUUUUUGUUUCCCCACCUCCCAAGGAAAACAAUAUCUCUUGUCAUUUGCGCAGGAAUGAAUCAUUAUCUGCUACAGAUCACUUGAGAUCCAUUAGGCGAAAUUCUUCUUUCAACGCCGUCCGUUCUCAGCCAAAGGAGUCUAAAUUCAAACCUGCCGAUAAAACAGAAGCUGACACGUCACAAUUAGAAUCAUCUGUUAGGUCUCCUCAAAGAAAUGGGAUCCCUGUGUCCACUGUCCGACCAAAACCCAUUGAGAAGUCUCAGUUCAUUCACAACAACCUUAAAGAUAUAUAUGUUUCUAUUGCUGACUAUGAAGGAGAUGAUGAAACCAUUGGGUUUCAAGAAGGGGUUUCAAUGGAGGUCCUGGAGAAGAACCCAAAUGGCUGGUGGUACUGCUAUAUCCUCGACAGUACAAAACCAUUUAAAGGAUGGGUUCCAUCAAACUAUUUAGAAAAAAAGAACUGAUAGACCUUCCAAUGGAGAAAAUAAUAUAACACUAUAGACACUCAAGAUAUUUUCUAUAUUUAAAAAUGAGACUGUGCGUUUGUAUACUUUGAAAGCCAGCGAUAUGAUCUCUGUGAUGUAAAAUCAUCUUGGAGAGACCAUAUGAUUCUUUUUAUAUAAAAUAAACAAAAAGAAGAAAUAAUGAGCACUCCUAGUAGAACGCGUUAGCAAAUAACACAGGGUAUCACAUCGUAUUUUGAUCAUCAAGUAUCAGAGAUUAAAUGUGUAUUUUGUGUGCCUUCAGUACAUCAUCUGGAACAUUAAAAAAAUUCACUAAUUUCAGUGUGGCCCAACUCCUGCCUGCACAGUCUCCAGAAACCCAUACUGUUGUUUAUGGGAGUCAGUUCUUUGUGCCAAGCAAGAAAACAAUGACACUUUGCAGUGUCUGAAAAUUUAUUUUGUAACUCAAAGGAGGAAUGCGAGGCAUUAGAAUUAAAUGUUUCUAUUUUGUUUUUGUUUGUUUUUUCUUUUUUCUUACUACUAAUGCCAUGCUGUCAGUCGUUUAUUUGUUGUUGUUGUUUUUUUAGGCUAUUUUAACCUACUGUACAUGGUUUAGAAAUUGUAAGUGUGAGAUCCUACUCAUCCUGUCCAACCUAUUUUUGUAGUGUUCCUUUAUUCUGAUCAGUAUUUAGACAGCCUUGAUCAUUUAAAUUCUACAAAAGAAAAAUCUAGCAUCAUUUUUUGGGGAGAUGAGAUCCCCUAAAAACGACUUUGACCACAGACAGAUUGACCAAUGGCUUAAAUGACUACUAAACCUAAAAUACAACUUGGUUUGUCUAAAAAGGCUUCUAAAAACACUCACAAAUACUUGUAAGCUGAUUAGAAUGGAAAAUAUCCUAAAUAUAUUUGUGAUCACCAAGAGAGAUAUCUUCCUGUGUAUAGCAGAGUCCCCUGGAGGACAAUGCUGACAGCUACUUCCAGUUUCCCUUUGCAGAACCUACUUGAUAACAGAGAAUACUUACUUACAUCUAGUUUCACAUUCCAAUAACAAAAUAUUAAACAUCUCAAAAGCCAUGGGAUCAGUAAGUAUUUGGGCCUGAAUAUGUGAAUGAUAUUAGUAGCUCUUUUAUUUAAAGAACGUUGUAUUUUAAGCUCAGUGUUCCUUUAAGUGUCCUCCGUCAUUUGCUAACAGCUUGUUUUUUAUUAUGCACAUACUGUAUGCACUAGUGUGCUCUUUACAGCAUGCUAUUGGAAACCAUAUGUUUGGUGUGCAGCCAGAUUUGACAUUGAAAGUAUGCAGUCAUCCUCUGCCUUUUUGUUUACAGAAGAAGCCAUUGAUUCACACUCAGCAAUUUUAAUUUGUAUAUAUUGUUGUUGUUUUUUUUUUUUAAUAAGUGUACUUUUUUUUUAAUUAUUAUUUUAUUAUCAGGAACACGUAAACGGAACGUGGUGGGGAAGAAACCGAACAAUGCAAAUUAUUGUUAGGAGGUAUGUGGAGGGUGGGUCGGGGGCAGUGUCACGUAUGCUUAUCAGACCCCUGCAAUCCAUUCCACUGCAAUGGGACACUCCUAACUAAUAUGUUGUGUAUGGCAUUUCCGUGGUAUUAAUGCACACUGGAGAGAAGGGGGAACAAUUUGGUCCUAGCAGGGAAAGAGACCGUUCUCUCAAACCUCUCAGACACCAUAACACGGAUUAAGCCAACGUAGUGUGCACUUGAAACUGAAUAUUAAUACAACAUUACAAAUAUCUCAAGUUCUCUGAUAUUGUAUAUGUCUGUAUAAUAUAUUUGUUAAAAUUAAAUUAAUUCCUUCGCCGGAAUUGUUGGUUAUGGGCUGUCAGUUUUUUUAAAUUGUGUUAAUUAACAUCCCAUAGUGUAAUAACGGAGAGAUAACUGUUUUUUCAUACAGGCAAAGGUAAAUAUAUUAAGGUGUUUUAAGUAAGGGCAGAGCCGCAUUAGAGAAUUCUAUGUUAGUUACCCAUAGGGUAGGAAAACAGAUGAGCUCAGGGUUUUGUUUCUGGUACAGUUGUAUCCACACUCAGAGCGACAUAAAUAAACCUACAUGGAGAUCUUUGAUGGUGGAGUUCCCUUUUACAAUUGAAACAUCACUGCAGACUUUCAGUGCUAUCAAAUUAUAUUAGGGAGCUGCUAAUUUUACCUAAUGGGAAUAUUUGGGGGAAGGGAAACGGUGGGUUGUAAGAGGAUUUAUUACACUAUGUCAUACUCUAUAUAGUUCUGCUGGACAGUAUUACAUAAAAUAAUACAUAGAUUAUCUGCUUGACUGCAGUACUAAUAGUAGUUAUGUUAGUUCUAUUGUGAUUAUGGUUUACCAAUAAUGAUAAAGAAGUGGUUCGUGAUUUGAAACUGAUGCACUUUAACGGUUACAGAUGUUUCACACUCAAGUGCAUUAUGAAAAUGUGCAGUCUAUACAUAACGCCCACACAAAAGGUUAUUUAUAAUUAUUUAUCGAGAUUGGCGGUGCUUGGCCAAUAGAAUAAUAAAACUACAUGGCCUUGCAAAUUUCUUUUUAUAUAAUGUACGGAUAUACUGUACAGCUAUUAAUUUACAGCCCUUAGUUCUGUGCAGUUAGUAGUGAUAUCCUCCUUGUUUGUGACACUUAUGGAAUUUUAUGGACCAUUAAAGUGUACCCACUGCCAACACAUAGUGGAUGCAGGCAGGGCCUGAUCAAGACUCCAUUUGGCCAGGGACAUCUUACUGUUAUUUUUUUAAGGGAGAGGGCCAAGUCUCUGACUAAGCCCCCUCCCUUUAAAAAAAAAUAAAACAAAUCUCACAUGAAAUCUGGUUACAUUUAUCUGGGUUUCCCAGUGCUUAUUGGACUCUAAGCCAUUUAGUGGACUGACUUAUUCUUCAUGCACAUACAGCCAUUAACUUGGGACCAGGGACCUUACCAAGGAUUAAGACUCUAUGGGCAACUUGUCCACUCUUUAUAUGAUUUCAUACAUCCCCACCUUGGUGAAUGUUUUCAGUGGUAUAAAUUAGAAUUGUCUCUAUUCUGGAUUUAAAGGGUACCUUCACAUUCAGCCCACAACACCACUACUCUGUGUAGAUACUGGGUACACUUUAAUCCUGUGCGCACAGCUAAAAUAAGAUCAAAUGUUAAAAGGACAUCUGUGAUUGGCUACAUGCAAUAAGUCUUUCUUAUUCAGUUCAAAUAUAAUAUAAACAAUACUUGAAAUUCUAGGUAUUACAUCUUGUUCAGGAUAAUUUAUCUACCACAUUUAUUAAUGUGAUAAUAGGAUAAAAUGUUUAUUUUAAUGAUAACAAUGAAGCUAGACUUUAUCAAUGUUUUUUGUGGGCUUAAUUGACAACAAGUAACAAAAUGCAAAAGUCUUCAUAUGACAGAAUUAAUAAUAAUAUCUUUAAAUAUAUGUGCAACGAUGUUUCAAUAGGUUUUCAUUAUAGGGGCCACAAUUUCUCCUAUGCAGGCUGUGCUUCCUGACAGUAAGACCGUUGAAAGACAUUGACAUUCAUCUAUGUGAACCUAAAAGGUCUGCUCUUUAGGACAUCAGAUUACAGCGAAUUAGAUAAUGAGGUUAUGCACAGUGUCUAUGAUCUCAGCUUUUUUCAGUUUAGAAGACCAUUUAUAUAUGUAUUAAUGUCACAAUAUUUCUAUUUGUAUUGGAUACAUUUGUAUUUUACAUUUAAUGGCUUUUAAAUUGUGAAAUUAGAGUUCACUAUAAAAUUAAAAUUCCAGUUUUAUUGAAGUUUGCCCUUUUAUAACUUUACAUCAUUGCAACCAAAGUAAGCAAUCAGGAACUAUUGAGGGAGAAAAGGAAAAAGCUUUAAAAAAAAAAAAAAAACUUACAGAAAAUGUGAAUUUUUGUUUAUGUUGUAUACUGCAACUUUAUUAAUAAUGAGCACUUCUGGAUUUGUUAUUGAAUGUUAUAAAAUGCCUGAUUCUAGAUUUUCGUUUCCAGAUAAUUAAUCUGAAGAAUUUUGGAUUAGACAAAUUUGUUUGAUUUCUUUUCAGUUUUAAUACUGCAUGUUUCACAGCCGUAAAUCAGAUUACAUUUUUUAUACAAUGAAAGAAGUUAGGUUACCAGUCCUUCCUAAUUGAAUUGUCCCCUUAAUGUACUUUUAUUAUUGGAGAUCUCACAUCUAAAUCAAAUAUCUUUUGAAUAGAUGUAAAUUGUAUUUAGCAUCCGAGUGAAUUGUAGUGGGACGUCUCAUCUCAAGUUUGCAUGCCAGAUUUGUCUUUACAACAAAACUGUUUUUACCCCAACCAGAAAUGCUGGUACAUAAGUAACACUGAUCAACACUCGUUUUUAUUGCCAAUCAUAUUACAUUGAUUUUGGGGUAAGUUUGUUGUGCUGAUUCCGAAUAUGACAUCGGAUUUGCUAGAUAUACUGAUGAUAUAUAACGGACAGUGGCUGAUCACUUAUAUACGGAGGGGGGAUAAUCUAGAAUGAUUACGGAGUGCACACUAAGAAUAUUCACAUGUCUCACCUUCUAGAAUGUUUUGGUAGAUUCCCAUAUGCACACAUUAUGGCCUAGUUCACUAUUACUUAAGGAUAUCCAUUAUCUCAAGAACUGGAGCCAAUCCAAAAAAACGUUCAUGUUAUAAUUCAGCAAACCCAAUAUAUCCUAAAUUCGUUCAAAUAUCCUUGGCAACUUAACACUUCUUUUUUUUU